UCCUAUUGAAUAACAGCAUGUCUGGAGCGUCUGUGAAACAACAUUGUUGGGUACAUCACAACAAAGAAAGAUAUUAUCAAACCUCAAACCUUAUUCUCAGACUGCACAUCACUUCAGAACUCUUUCUAAAGAUCUCUAUUUUGAAUGCGGUGAACUGCCGGGGCUCCCAAUGCUCGCCAGGGUCAUAGCGCCUCCAGGAACCUCAGCAAGCAAGUCAUAGUCUAGCAGUGGAUGUUGAUAGGCAUGGUGCAGACAAGUCGUAUCGCAAAGAAAGAAUUAGGAUAGCUGUACGCACAAUCAAUUCGCAGACGUCUCUCGUGCAAGUACUGAAUGAAGCUUAGUGCCUUGCCUGGACGUCUAAAUGAAGAAGUCCUCCAGAUCUAAAACAAACGAUUUCCGGCAGAAGACCAGCAGCGGCUACUCCACCAGUGGCGACGACUCUCACAACAAUUCAAUCUAUCAGAUCCGGACCAAUCACCAUAAGAAAUCGAUACCGUACAAAAACAGUCUCGCUGUCGAUUCCCAGCCCAGCAUUGUAUGGGUACACCAGGACAAGCCUGACUAUGAACCUUAUAGGCUCCCUGGGGAUCCAUACAUCUCAAGUGCUCAUUCGAACAACAGGGAUGGGACGGUCUUGACUGAAAACUUUAGUGAGAGAAAAAGUUCUGGAGUUCGCAAGAGCGACCCUCGGGAGGUUCAUAUGGUGAUGCAAGCUCGUGGUUCCCCUCCGGUGGAAUCAGCCACUAAGAUCCUUUCCAAAGACGAAACUAAGCGGCCAAUGAAACGGUCACCAGCCUAUUCAAGCAAAACUGUCAAGGACUCUUCCGUCUCAACCAGGGAUCUAUAUCAACCUAAAAAAAGAGGCUCUUCUGUCGUAUAUGACAGGUUAAGCCCACAAAACAGCGAUCGCGUCUCUUUGGCAUCAGGGGAAAGCCCUGAAGAUCCUCAAUGGCACCAUAGGGAACAAUGUGGGCCACCCCAUUGUCCCGAAAGCUACUACGAGCAUACUUACAGCCCGGAGCAAAGUCAUCAGCAACACCAUCAUCAGCAGCACUAUCAUCAUCAACAGUCUGCCAGCAGUGGCGGAGAACAAUACGACGUCCACUACACCGCUCAAGCCCAAGGUGCACGCAGCAGAAGAUCGAAGAAGAGGACAUGCCAACAGAGCUGUGUCCCAGAAGACACCCAAGAGACCCAACAGAUAGAGGCGCAAAAUUUGCCGGAGCCGCGGGAGGUGACGCAGAGCGGCAAGAGCGACGUGGGAGUCAAUAAGAACUACAACGACAGCAAAGCCUGCGACUGCUGCAUGGAGACCCCUAAAACGUUUUCCACGAUCUACAUUUGCCAAAAACACCCGGGAGACAGCCGCACUUACUGUUGCAAAGAGGUCGUGGAGAAGGAUAUAAAGCCGAGGGAAAGCCACGUGUACGUCUCGCCUUCCUGUGCUUCCAGGCGGAGUGGAUGCGAACGCGUCCACCAUGAAUCCCCAACGCUAAAGAGGAGGCAAUCCUGCUGCACUUGCACAUCCCAAGCCCAAGUGAGCAGACCCCACCCCUCCCACGUGAAACCUUCAGAAGACUGUCGAUGCGUGCGAAAGAACACUCGCAAACAGUGUUCCAGCAAGUGCACGGAAGCAGUCUCAAAGUUUCUGUCUGAGCUGGGACCGCGAUUGCUCUCUCUCCUGUGCCUCCUCAUCAAGUUAGUGGUGGUCAUGCUGCUCUACCUGCUUCUGCUGGGGAUUUUGUCCAUGUAUACCUCACUCAACCACUGGGCACACCUUACCAUCUUCGGAGCCAACAUUUUUUUGCUCUUCAUACUCUUCUUUGAGCCGAACUGUCUGGUCAUCGACAUGUUUAGCUAGGUCUAAUCAGCAAUCGGACUAGAGGUUUAUCAUCUGGCCAUCUGGAUCAAACCUAUACAAUAGGCCAUCUAACCAUCAACAAAAGAGACAUGAAGUUGUUUGUUUUUUUAAUAUACUAAACUAAUGUUUACUGAAAGCGUGUCGUUUGUAUACAACGUUUAAAAGGAAAGCCCCUGAAGUGCAGCUUUGUUAUGUUCAUCUCUGAUAUAAGUAAAAUAAUAGAUGCUAUUUUAAAUGUAUAACAUUCAACGAGAGAAUUUUUUGUUGUGUAGAUUACCUUAGAAAACGGUACAAUGUUGAAUAAGUUUUAACAGAUGUUUCAAAACUAAAAUCUAAACUGAAAUAAAGUGAGUCAAGUGAA